AAAAAGUUUCAACUCUGGUUUUAGGUCGGAAAUAAUUCUUCUGUGCACAAGAAGUUGUUUACAAAAAGAAAGUUAAGACGAUACUGUAGCUUGACACAUUUGAAUGAAUACCGUUAACCCACCGUUUUAUCGACUUAUUGUAUACCAUCGACAGCUUUUACGCUACCAAGAGACAGUGUGCGUGCUGUGAGGGAGGUGCUGGGGACACAGUCAGGGUGAGGCUGGUGUGACAGCAGCCAGUCAGGGUGAGGCUGGUGUGACAGCAGCCAGUCAGGGUGAGGCUGGUGUGACAGCAGCCAGUCAGGGUGAGGCUGGUGUGACAGCAGCCAGUCAGGGUGAGGCUGGUGUGACAGCAGCCAGUCAGGGUGAGGCUGGUGUGACAGCAGCCUGCCUGCCAGCUGGAGACAUGGCAGAGGAGGGGAGCAAGCUGACUCUGAGGCGCCUGGAGGCGCCCAUCCACAAGUUCACCAAAGUAGCCCUCCCCACCGACCUGGAGAGGCUGGAGAAGCACCACAGCAACAUCCAGAAGGUGGGAGCUACUCACAUGUGUCACAUACGUAGGUGUGAUGUUCAGAGUCACACUCACAUUGAGCUGGCCGCUGUUUCUUGUCAGUUUCAGCGAUGCCAACAGUGGGAUCGUCUGCAUCAGGAGCACAUCAAUGCCAGCCGCACUGUACAGCAGCUCCGGGCCAACAUCAGAGAGAUGGAGAAGCUGUGUGGGCGUGUCCGUCCUGAAGAUGGCCCCGCCCUGGAGAGGCUGGUCCAGCCAAUCAGAGACCGGGCAUCAGUUUCAGCACGCGAUUUUCUGCUUUUGCAUUCAAUCCCCACACCUCCACCUGUCCCCCUCCGCCCCGCCCACACCUCCACCUGUCCACCAGGCCGUUCUCAUGAUGAUGAUGAUCUGUACCAUCCUCCACCUGCCACUCAAACCCAGCUCCGCCUUCCAGAGAUCCCUGCUGACCAGAGUGCUGCUGAGUCCUGGGACACUCUAGAGGGGGACCUGCAGCAGCUUCGUGGUCUGGUGACAGAGUUCUCUCUACUGGUGCAUUCCCAGCAGGAGAAGAUUGACAGUAUAGAAGACAACGUCAACACAGCAGUUGCCAGUGUGGAGGAGGGAACCAGGAGUCUAGGGAAGGCUGUGGGGUACAGCCUGGCUGUGUUGCCAGUGGCAGGCGCCGUGCUGGGGGGCGUGCUGGCUGGUCCGCUGGGCCUGCUGGCCGGCUUCAAGGCGGCGGGGGUGGCGGCCGCUCUGGGGGGCGGGGCUCUGGGCUUCGCUGGGGGCAACCUGGUCCAGAAGAGCCGGAACACCCGUCUGGAGAGCCGGAUGAAGCAGCUGACAGCACAGCCGGACACGCCCUCAGACGCUCUGGCGACCCCGCCCUCCAUCUGUCCAAUCACAGGCUGACCUGAGGAGUGUCCUCUCACCUUGCUCCUCCAGACUGGCCAAUCACAGGCUGAGCUGAGGAGUGUCCUCUCACCUUGCUCCUCCAGACUGGCCAAUCACAGGCUGUGCUGUGACUUCUCACCUUGCUCCUCCAGACUGGCCAAUCAGCUAACAGACUGACACUCCUCUUUAAUAUGCCAUUUUAUCAAGUUGCUCAAUAAAGGUUGUUAAAUGGA